AUGGAUUUACCUUUAAGUCAAGAAAUUGAUAAAUGGAAAAAAGAUUAUCCUUUCUUAGAAAGUGUUUGGAAAUUGUUUGGUGAAUAUAAUAAUGAUAUGUAUGAUUUUGAAGAAACACAUGUUGAACUAUGCGAUUUUAUUAUAUCUGAUGAACCAGAAAGAGGAAUGAAUAAAUAUAAACAUUUUUGCAUCAAACUAUUAAGAAAUUUAUGGCACGCUUCUGAAAUAACUUAUAAUAACAAUAUGAGUCCUAGUGAACGAUGCAUCAAUUUAAACAAGUGGUUAUAUUUUUAUAGAAAAAUAGAUCCUGUACCAAAAGAAUUCAUUAAGAAAGUAUUUAACAUUAUUUUUAACUUAGAUGAAAUCAUGCCUCCAUACAAGAAAUGUAAAUACAGUCCAUACGAGGAAUUUAUAGAAUCAGAAAAUGUAGUAAAACUCUCUUUUUUAACAGAUAAUAUUAGUACCAUUAUAGAUAUAAUAAAGUUUAAAGAACACAAUCUGCGUGAUUUAUGUCUUGAKUAUAUUCGCAAAUGUUAUGAAAUAUAUAGAACCAUGAAUAUGCAGUAUUGUAAUGUUGCAAAUAAAACAGAACCAUCAAUUGUGUCACUUUGUGCAGAAUUAAAAGGUUUUAGUGAAUCAUAUGAUACCAUUCAUGAAGAUUUUUUAUUAACAGAAGGAUCUCCUGAUGUAGUUAUCCCUUUACUAGGAGACAGAAGUGCCAUAGCCCAUAGAAGAGAUGGAGAGAAAUCUAUUGCUGAAUCAAGUUUUUUGAGUGAUCCAUUAAAAUCUAAGAUAUCAACAGGCAUCGCAGUAGGGGCAGGAACGUGCGGCGUUCUAGGUUUUUUAUAUAAGUUCACCCCAGCUAGAAGUUGGUUUCAUGGUCGAAAUAGGGGAGUAAAAGCUAAUAAUUUCUUAGACGAAGGAGAAAUAAAUGAAAUGUUUCAUAAUAAUCCCAAUUUUGAAAAUAUGGAAUCAGAUAACUCUAACUAUAAUAUAGGAUAUCAUAAUAUGGAAGAUUAAU